CGGCCUUAUCGCACCAACGUUAAUCCGGAGCACCGCAACUUUUCUGCUUCGGCAGCUCAUCACCUGUCUAGUGUACGCAGCUCGGUUGACGACAACUUCAAGCAGCCAAUUGCAAUUGGUGGCAGUUGGUCCGGCAAGAUGGCUACGACCUCCCGACUCGGCAGCACAAUGCUGUCAAGGCUAUCAGCUCCCACCCUCCGACCCUCAUCUCGGGCCUUUACCACCUCAAUUGCCCUGCGAGCCGGCCCCAACUCCAACGGCCGCGAUGCCCCCCCUCCGCCGCGAAUGAACCCCCUCGUGGGAAACUUCUCUCGCAGGCAGCCGACGGCGGAGGAGCCCGCAGUUCGAACUCGAGCCCCCAUGACGCCCAGGUCGCUCAAACCACAGCAGCCCGUCGAGGCCUCGUCCCAGUCUGACCUGCCGCCUCCUCCUCCGACCCCCGAGUCCCUCCUCCCCAACCUCGAGCCCAAGUCGGACGAGCAGCACCCCUACACGGCCUCCAAGACGGCCACCCCCUUCAACCUCGACAUUGCGUCCAUCAUCGCCAACAAGAACGCAUCAUUCGGCCAGGGCAUCAGCGCCGACCCCAUGGCCCGACCUCGAGUCCGCGCCAAGGCCGUCACCGGCCGGACCGUCUUCGUCAAGGACCGCAUGACUCCCACCAGCGGCCCGACUCCCAUGAUUGCCUUCCGAGUGCUCAACAAGAUGGUGCGCGAGCAGCAGGUCAAGACCAAGUUCCACAGCCAAAAGUUCCACGAACGAAAGGGUCUGAAGAAGAAGAGGUUGAGGAGUCAGCGAUGGCGGACCCGGUUCAAGUCUGGCUUCAAGGAGACCGUCAACCGGGUCUUGGAGCUGAAGAGACAGGGAUGGUAACGACGUGUAGAGUAUCUGGGAUGAGAGUAUCUGGGCUGAGAGCAUCAUUGUACAAUAUAUAGAUGUGAGCAUGUGAGACGCAAAAGGAAUUGG